CCCUGGUUGUUAUUUACCUCGCUGUGCUACGCUGUGCUCUGUGAUUGGCUGCGGCGGUCCUCACAGCGACGCCAAAUCCUUCCCCUCAGUUCCUGUUUUGCCACAGCUGAUAGCCCUGGCUUCGGCGUGACAGUUGCCAAAACCUGAUGAUUGUGCGCCAGCUCACCUGUAGAUCCGUCUUAAAUGCUCACCUGUACGCUCACCUGAGAAAGGGCCGAGCCAACCAAGACAUGGCUAGACCCAGUUCAGACUUGGCAGCAUUCAGGGAGAUUUUCUCCAAGUCCAAUGACAUUGCCAUCAUCACCGGAGCCGGGGUGAGCGCUGAGAGCGGCGUACCCACCUUCAGAGGAGCGGGAGGCUACUGGAGGAAAUGGCAAGCACAGGAACUGGCCACCCCAGAGGCCUUCUCCAGAAAUCCCUCCCGUGUUUGGGAGUUCUACCACUACCGGCGGGAGGUCAUGCUCACAAAAAAUCCCAACCCGGCUCACCUGGCCAUCGCGGAGUGCGAGGAGCGUCUGGGCAAACAGGGCCGCAAGGUCACCGUCAUCACCCAGAACAUCGACGAGCUGCACCGCCGAGCCGGGUCCAAAAGCAUCCUGGAAAUCCACGGUAGCCUGUUCAGAACGCGCUGCAUGACCUGUGGUCAUGAAGCAGCCAAUUACAACAGUCCCAUCUGUGCCGCUCUGGAGGGCAAAGGAGCUCCAGACCCAGACACGCACGACGCUCAGAUUCCCGCCCAGCAGCUUCCCAGGUGUGAGCAGACAGGCUGUCGGGGGCUCCUGAGACCAGCUGUGGUUUGGUUUGGAGAGACUCUGGACGCCGACAUCCUCACCCGCGCAGAGAAAGUGCUGGACAGGUGUGAUCUGUGCCUCGUGGUCGGUACCUCCUCCGUCGUGUACCCGGCGGCCAUGUUUGCGCCUCAGGUGGCGGCCAGGGGCGUCCCCGUGGCCGAAUUCAACAUGGAGAACACGCCGGCCACCAUGCGCUUCAAGUUCCACUUCCACGGCCCCUGUGGCAGCACCUUACCCGCCGCGCUGGCGCCGCACGAGGCCGAGCGAAACUGAACUAGAGCUAACACUGGUACAAAAAAAACGAAUAAAAAGGUUUAAAACUUUAGCCAGAAAACGAUAGAGCUAAAGGUUGUUUGUCUGUUGUAAUUAUGAAACUUCUGAAACCAAUGAAAAACAGUGAUUAUCAAUGAAAUACCAACAACUUCAUCCGUCCUGUUGCAGUGAAUGACUUGAUUGUGCGACAGCAGGGGGCAGUGUUUAGCUGCUGCUGUCAGAGAGAGGAAAGGAACAAAAAAAACCUGACUCCUUUCAAAGGAUGUGUGAGCUCAGCUUGGAAUAUGUGGUGUUUGUGUAUGUCACUGCAGUGUUGUCUGAAUUUAUGGACUGUGAUGAAUAAUGUGCACGGUGCCUUUCAGAGGCUCUGACUAAGCUGAAGCCAGGAAUCCAGUGACUGUGCAUUACCCUCAGCGGCGGCGUCUCCAUGCGUGUCCUUCUAAAGGAUUUGUCACAUGUAUGUUGCGGUUUUUGACACAACUGGAGCAGCUUAUGCGUGCAAAAUGAAGUCUGUUUGGAAAUAAAUGCGGACUCAUAAACUGCCUCUGCA